AUGGGCAAUACAACAUCAGAAGUUGCUUCGGGUGUAAAAGCUCAGAUAAAUUCGGAUGGGCAAGGUCCUGAACUUUAUCGAUUUGUUGAUUUAAAAGGAAGCGGUGAAUUUAUCGAUGUUAUGCGUGUAGCUAAUCGAACUAAAGAUUAUACACAGAUCGAUGCACUUAUUCAUGAACAUAUUCCAAGAUUUCUCUAUAAUAGUGGUGAUGGAAAAUUGGUUACAAUAAGUGAAAUUGUCAAACGACGAAAUAAUACUUAUAGUAAAUUAAAAAGUAUUAUUCCAAUUGCUAAAACAAUCGAUGAAGAAGAUAUAAAUUGUGAAGAAACAAAGCAUGUUUGUUGGGAUCUUGAUUUACGUGGUGGUGUUGGUGAACAUAUUCUUCAUAUUUGUUUUCUUUCAUCAAGUCCUGUUCAUUCAGCUUUAGCUAAAAGACUUCUAAGAUAUUAUCCAAGAUUAAUUGAUGAUUUAUAUAUGGGCGAUGAAUAUUACGGUGAAAAUGUCCUUCAUAUUGCCAUUGUUAAUGAAGAACCGGCAACAGUUAAAUUUUUACUUGAUGCUGGCGUCGAUUUUACACAAAGAUGUUGUGGAAAAUUUUUCUGUCCAGAAGAUCAAAAAUCGAGUCGCGUGGAUAAUGUAGCAAGAGAGUGUCCUGAAGUGAGUGUAGCAACAAAUUAUGAAGGUUAUUGUUAUUUUGGUGAAUAUCCACUUUCAUUUGCGGCUGUUCUACAGCAAGAAGAAUCAGUAAGAUUAUUAGUUGCAAAAGGUGCUGAUACGAACUGUCAAGAUUCUAAUGGAAAUACUGCUUUACAUAUGUGUGUUAUUUACAAUCGAAUUAAUAUGGUGGAUUUAAUUUAUGAAUUAGGUGGAACAUUAGAUAUAAAGAAUCGUCAAGGUUUAACACCGCUAACAUUGGCAGCUGUUAAAGCAGGCAAAGAAAUGUUUGAUCAUAUUUUACAAAAAACUCGUAUCAUCUAUUGGCAAUAUGGAAAUGUGACGUGUGCUGGUUAUCCAUUAGACGAUAUUGAUACCAUUGGAAAAGAUGGUUCUUUAGAUGAUACAAGUGCACUUAACAUUAUAGUUCGCGGGGAAUCAGCUGGCCAUUUAGAUAUGAUGGAUGGUUUGAUUGUACAAUUAUUGAAUGAAAAAUGGCGUACAUUUAUCAAAUUCAAAUUUUUUCAACGUAUGGCAAUGUUUAGCUUUUAUUUUGCUAUAUGUUUGAUUGGAUUAAUUAUUCGUGGUUAUUAUCGUGUACCACAAUCGUGUCUCAUAGAAGAAGUUAUUGAUAAAGAUGAAAAUAGAGUCAAAUCAACCAUAGCCAAUCGGAUGGAUUGUAAAUGUCAUUAUACAAAUUUUCGAUUGCAUAAACUUAAUGUUGGUGAUGAUCAUCAAACCAUAUCGAGUAAUAGUUCGAAAUUAUAUCCUAGUGAUGAUGAGAAUAACAACCGAAUAUUUGAACCAAAAGCUAUACUUUUAAAUAUUUUUGAUGGUUUAAGUGUUCUUGGUGCAUUGAUCUAUCUAAUACUUACAAUACAAGAAUUUUCCUAUCAAAAUUUUAAAUUAGGCUCAUUUAUAUAUCUCAAUGAUCCAACACGCGUCUUAUUUCUGUUCUCUUGUGUAUUAACAAUAGCAAUGUUGCCAGCUCGAUUUACUUGUUCAAUUAUUGUUGAUGAUGUUCUUUGUGUAUUUGCAAUACUUACUCGAGCACCUUAUUUUUUCUUUUUUUGUCGUGGUUUUCGAACAACAGGCCCAUUUGUUGUCAUGAUCUAUACAAUGAUUCGCGGAGAUUUAUUACGAUUUUGUUUAAUAUUUCUUGUUUUUAUGGCUGGUUUUACACAAGCACUUCAUGUUUUAUUUGUUCGCGUCCAUUGUGAAAAUGACUUUGCAACUGUUAUUGAAACAUUUUUUCAUAUGUUUUGUGUUACAUUACAACAAGUUACAGAUGCUUAUGAAAAUUUCAAUCGACAUCCAAUUAUUGGCAUUCAAAUAAUUGGAAAAAUUUGGUUCAUCACUUACAUUGUCAUCGCAGCAGUACUUCUUGUUAAUAUGCUUAUCGCUAUGAUGGGUAACACAUAUGCUAUGGUAAAUGAACGAAAGAAAGAAUGGCUUCGACAAUGGGCCAAGAUAAUGUUGAUUAUUGAACAAUCCGUUUCGAGAGAAGAACGUUUAGCACAACAAUCGAAUUAUUCCAAAAGAAUGCCUGAUGGUUCAAGACUUUUAAUAACACGACUUAUACAAUCCGCGGAUGAACGUACAAGCAUUGAGAGUAUGCGUUCAUUUUAUUAUGAUCAAUUACGACGACAUUUAGAACCUGAAAGUAUAUCAAUACAAUCGAAAACAAAAUCCAUUGCUGCUAUUUCACAACACAGUUCUUUAUUACCUGGACCUUUGCCAGUUAAAAAUAAUCAAGAUCUACUUCGAAAUCUACGAACACAGGGUAGUUUUAGUUCAUUUGAUACUACUGCACUUUCAUAG